UUGCCGACUAACAAUGACGAUAUUGUCUACGUGUGAUGUGAUCAGUAAUUUGUUUUAAUUAAAUAUUAGUGCUCCUAUUUUCUCUUGUAAUGUCAUGAGAGUGACACAAGACUGCUCUUGACAAUGGCAAUAGCCGAAACGCGUAGAGCAAAUUAAGCGUACGAUGUCAAACAUUUGGAACCUUUUAUUGCCAGUAUCAAUGGUAGUGAAUACAAUCGACAAAGACUGCCAGUACUACCAGCAGUUGGACAGGGGACACAACUAUUACAUUUUCAAUAAGGAAUACCCUCAGAACUACAGUGCGGGUAGUAGCUGCCAGUGGAUAGCAAAAAGUCCAAAAGGUUCCAAGAUAUUUUUAUCCUGUGAUGAUGUUACCAUGCCAAAGUCGUCAAAAUGCAUUCAGGACCGCAUAGAUAUCACCUUCAGCGGCAGCACGAACCUGAGCGAGUCACAUAAGUAUUGUGGCGAAGGAUCGUUCUCUCUGAUUACAGAAGAAAACAUGUUGAGCUUAACAUUAAAAACCUCAAAAAGGUCUCCUGGUGGUCGAUUUCUAUGUGCCGUAACAGCUCUUAUGGAAAACACAACCCAGAUGAGUAUGAACGACUUUGCAGCUCCUAAUGUACAACCAAGUUGCCAAUGUGGGUGGAAAAAUGACAAAAGAAUUGUUGGUGGUGAAGAAACUCUAGUCAAUGAGUAUCCAGCUAUGGCAGGUCUGAUCACUAGAAACGGCAAACAUCUCUGCGGAGCUACAAUCAUCUCAAGUCGCUACGUGAUUACUGCUGCUCACUGUGUAUAUAAUACAGAUGUUAACACAUUGUUUCUGCUAGUUGGUGAUCAUGAUUAUACCACAGGUACAGAUACAGGUUUUUCGGCAAUUUAUCGAGUGAAAGCGUAUGAAAUGUGGGACGGGUACAACCCUUCAAACUUUCAAGGAGAUAUAGCGAUUGUGAUGGUGGACAAAAUCAAUUUCAACGAUAAUGUUGGGCCAAUUUGUUUGCCAUUUAGAUAUACUUAUGAGACUUUUGAGAGGGAAGAGGUAACAGCCGUAGGAUGGGGCCAGUUGGAGUUCAGUGGUCAAGAGUCGAACGUUCUUAGGGAAGUUGACUUGGAAGUUAUUUCAAAUGCAGUAUGCAGGCAGGAUGUUCCUAGUUUAAUAGACUCCCAGAUGUGUACAUUUACUGAAGGGAAGGAUGCUUGUCAAGGCGAUUCGGGUGGUCCUCUAUUUUGGCAAAAUCCUACGACCAAGAAACUGUUUAUAGUGGGUAUAAUUUCAAAAGGUCUUGGAUGCGGAUCAGCAGUACCUAGUGAAAAUACUAGAGUUACAUCCUACUUGGAAUGGAUCCAGAGAAGAACUAGAGAAUUUUUCUGUUCUGCUUGACAAGCCACUUAGGAUAAUAGCAUAACAUUCGGACUAUUAAUUUUUAUUACUUUCUUAAGAGCCAAACACCUGCAAAUGUUGAAAUUUUAUAGCUUCUAAUGAAAUUGUUAUGGGUAAUGCGUGUGCAUAAAAAUUUAAUAGGGGCAUGGACGUGACCAACGUACAGUGUAUGGCUGUAUUGUACAUCUUUGUGAAAGUUGUAAAAACCCUGAUUAUUUAUUAUUUAUUUGCCGUACGAUUUUGUUUCGUUCCUGGAAUAUAAUUUUACAAAAU